AUGUUUUUAAAUGGAUUUGAUCAUUUGAUUAAAGCUAAAAGUCAAAACUUUGAAAAUUUACGCAAAGAGAACGUUAACAAAUUUUCGCUAGAAUGUAGAAAAGAAAUUGGAUGGUUAAGUAAUUAUUUAGAAAAAAUAAUUUCUUCAUACUCUCAUGAACAAAUCAUCAGUAGUCAGGAAGAGAAACAAGAAGUUAAACAAGAACAACCAUUAAUAGAAAAGAAUCAAACAAUCUCUGACAACAAUAUUCUAGAUAUAAAUUACAUUAAUUAUAAUGAAACACAGAAUAAGAAAAGAAAAUUUGUUGAAUAUAUUAAAAAGGUUGAUGAUGAUCCCAAUAAAAAAACCAAAUUUAGUACAAACAUAGAAAAACCAAUUGAACAUGAUAAAGAAAAUGAGACUUGCAACACAAAAAUGGUUAUCGAGGAAGCUGAGCUUCGAUUCUCUGACUCAUACAUACCUUAUAUAUCGGAGGUACUUACCUGA